AUGGCACUAACACUAGCUGAUUCCGACAAGGGAAGCUACAUCAAGGGAUCCAAAGGAAACAUGGGAGGCUGGUACGGAAGCGGAAACUGGGGACCAGGAUCAAUGUUUGGAAACGGAUACGGUGGUCCAGGAAACUGGAAUGGAUACGGGCCCGGGGCAUGGGGCGGAAAUGGAUGGGGAAGGCCAAUGGGCGGAUACGGAUGGGGAAAAUCAUUCGGUGGAUACGGCAGACCUGGUUACGGAAAUUUCGGAUAUGGUGGUCCAGGAGGUUGGAACGGAUUCGGAUCAGGAGGAUGGAAUAUGCCAUGGGGCGGAAACGGAUUUGGUAGACCAAUGUUCGGAAACGGAUACGGCAGACCUUGGUACGGAAACGGAUACGGCAACAUGUGGAACGGAAACGGCAACGGAUACGGUAGACCAUGGUACGGAAAUGGUGGAUACGGACCCUGGGGUGGAUACGGAUCAUGGAACAAUGGUAAAGGAUACUCAAAAGGAUUAGGAGGAUACGGAAGCUUCGGCAAUAACGGAUAUUUCCCCGGUGGAUUUGGUGGAAACUCCUGGGGCAAUGGUAGAUUUGGUAACAAUUUCUAUGGACCAGGAUACUUUGGCAACUUCGGACCAGGAUUUGGAAAUUUCGGAUUCGGAGGACGAGGAUAUAAUGGAUUUAACGGAUACAACGGAUAUGGAAAUGGCAACAGAUGGGGAGGAAAUUGGAACAGCAUGUACAGAAAUGGAUUUGGAAAAUCAAGCAGCAAGGUAAGGGUGUCAUGA